AUGCUCUCUGGUAAGGACAUCUACACUAUCAUUGCAGCGAUCAUGCCCUUGUACGUGGCCAUGAUCAUAGGCUAUGCCUCUGUUCGGUUCUGGAAUAUCUUCGACCCACAACAGUGCGCCGGCAUCAACCGGUACGUGGCCUCUUAUGCGGUCCCCAUCCUUUCCUUCGAUGUGAUUGCAUCUUGCAACUUCUACGACAUGAAUUAUCGCUUUAUUGGAGGUGACACUCUCCAGAAAGUGGUGAUUCUAGCCGCUCUUCUGCUGUGGAUAAUCUUCAGCCGAAAGUCGAGCCUCGAGUGGGUGAUUUCUUUCUUCUCCCUCUCCACCCUUCCAAACACUCUGAUCAUAGGCAUCCCUCUCCUCCAGGCCAUGUACGGAGAAUACACGAGGGAUCUGAUGGUUCAAAUAGUGGUGCUGCAGGGUUUAAUAUGGUAUACCCUCUUGCUAAUCUUGUUUGAAUAUAGAGGUGCAAUGAUCCUAAUCAAUGAAAACUUUCCCGAUUGCUCUUGGGCCAUAACCUCCAUCAGGGUCGAUCCUGAUGUUGUUUCGCUUAAUGGUUGUGAAACAUUAGAGACUGAGGCCGAGAUAGAUGAUAAUGGUAGGGUCCACGUGGUGGUCAGGAGAUCCUCCGUUUCAUCUAUGGAGUCCCCACUUCGUCCAUCCCUCGAUCGACUGAGUUCCAUCACAACAACCCCACGGGCAUCAAACCUGUCAGGGGUAGAGAUUUAUUCAUUGCAGUCUUGGUCGAGGAAUUCGAGCCUUAAUAAUCCAGACGGUCAUUAUGGAAGCCAAAAGCACGGAAUCAGUGGGAGUUCAGGGGAUGCAUCUGAUUGUAUUGUUAAUAUAGAAACCGCUCAUUUUGGCAAGAGAAGUUAUAGGGGAAGAAAUCAGGGCAGCGAGUUGAUAAAUAGCUUCCUGUUUCCAUCGUACCAGCCUUCUCACCGGACAUCUCCCAGCGAGAUGCCAGUGAUGUUCAGAGACAGUUAUUCCAGUGCAGGGCCUGCCAAGGGGCUUCACAUGUUUGCAUGGGGUUCAAGGGCAGACAAGUCGAGGCACGCCAGCUCUAGGAUCACACAUUGUCCUUCCGAUCUUGACGGACGAGGAAAAUUGAACGAACAUGCAGAGAAUGCAUCCAAGAUGAGUGAUGAAGAAAGGAAUGCAGUGAAUGCUGAGCUUGGGAGGCCUCCACUUACUGUCAUGACAAGACUAGUCUUAUUGAUGGUUUGGAGGAAGCUCAUUGUAAACCCUAACAUAUACAGCAGCGUAAUCGGUCUUGCUUGGUCUCUACUUUCAUUCAAGUUGCACAUCCAAUUCCCUCUGAUUGUCAGCGGGUCAAUAAAAAUACUCUCGGAUACAGGUCUUGGAAUGGCAAUGUUCAGUAUAGGUUUAUUCAUGGGGUCACAACCAACAUUGAUACCUUGUGGAUAUUGGUUAGCAGCAUUAAGCAUGGUCUUGAAGUUCAUAGUAGGACCUCUAGUGGCUGCAGCUACUUCAGCUGCACUGGGUCUUCGUGGCGAACUUUUGUGUGUAUCAAUUGUACAGGCUGCCCUUCCGGAAGCUGUUGUUCCAUUUGUAUUUGCUAACCAAUACAAAGUACAUGCCGAUAUAAUGAGUGUCUCGCUUGUCUUCGGAAUACUGUUAUCGUUGCCGGUGGGAUUGGUCUAUUAUGCGGUUCUUGAAGCGAUCUAGUCUGAAAGCUUGAGAGAAUGAAGAGCUCCUGCAGAGCAAAGAAGAAGAUGGUUGAAGAUGACGUCUUCAUCAUAAGCUAUCAGCGCUCAGAUUGUAAACAGAGAUACUCAUUGGGCUACUCUCAGUAAAACCUGUCAAAAUGGGUCAUUAAGCUUUAUCUUAACCCAUCUUUGAUAAACUGAAUUAUUACAUGUGUCAGUUAUUUAGUAAAUGGGUCAUUAUUGA